AACACGUACUUUAAAUGAAAUAUCGGUCACUAUUGUGUAAAACUCCAGUAUGUCCAAUGAUGGAACUAAAAAGAAGGGAAAAGUGCCCGGGGAAAAAAAGACAACUAAAAGAAGAGCGAAGAGGAGGGAAACCUAUGCGGUGUAUAUCUACAAAGUUUUGAAGCAGGUUCAUCCAGACACUGGCAUCUCCAGCAGGGCAAUGAGCAUCAUGAAUUCAUUUGUGAAUGAUGUGUUCGAGCGCAUCGCUACAGAGGCUUCGAGGCUGGCACAGUAUAACAAGCGCUCCACCAUCACCAGCCGAGAGGUGCAGACCGCGGUCAGACUCCUGCUGCCUGGAGAACUCGCCAAACACGCCGUGUCCGAGGGGACCAAAGCCGUCACCAAAUACACAAGCUCGAAGUGAACUCCUUGAAUGGGUGGGGGCAUUGCAACUUAAAACAAUGAAAACGUAUGUUAAAGGGAUUAUUACUAAUAAAUGUGCACAUAGAAAACUGAGUUGUGCAUUCAUCUUAAGAUGAGGAUAAAUGGUUGUUUUAUUUGUAAAGUGCAAAAAAAACAUCCGUGCAGUGGACAAAACGUAUUAUCCCUUACCCCAACUGAACUUUGACACUAGCAAACAAUACGGUCAUGAUAUCUGAUUAUCAGAUUUGAGAUGCCAUGUGUUCCUGCUAGUAUGACAAGGUACUACUAAUACCAUGCAACUGACUUGGUUAAAGUCUGACACUUUGGCCAUGUUUUGUUUUAAUGAAACACGGCGGUUUAGAAAAAUAUUCAAUGGAAUGUUAUAUACGUAUAUGCAUGCAGUUUGGUGUCUCCAAUAUUUUGCAGGACAGGGCAAGAUGACCUGAGUUUAUCCUAGAAUUUAACAGGAAUUUCUCUGCGACACAACAUACUGUACAAGAGCAGAAGUCUGAAGGUAUUUCAACAAUGUAAAUCUAUGUAGUGUUGUAUUCUCGUCACCAGAUGGCGUCAUUGUAACACUAUUGAGACGACAGCAGGAAUAUUGCCUCACCAAGAUGCAUCGUCACAGGUUAUGAUAUUACAUUUUCAGGAGGUAACGAUUGAAUUAGGAAAAAGCUAAACUGAAAGGUGUAUAAUAAAAAGCACGUUUGUAUGAAUGAACGCAAAUCAAAUUAGACAUUGAAUUCAGUGUUUUAAUGUUUUUUAAUUACAAUUUAAUGAUUUGACUGCCUGUAUUUGAUGUAAUCGUAAGCAACCCAA